AUGGCUCAAGCAUUUGUGAACAGCAAGAUCCAGCCUGGGAAGGUGGUCAUGUUCAUCAAGCCCACCUACCCCUACUGCAGAAGGACGCAGGAGUUCCUCAGCCAACUUCCCUUCAAACAAGGGCCUUUGGAAUUUGCCGAUAUCACAGCCAACGGUAACAUCAACGAAAUUCAAGAUUACCUGGAACAGCUCACAGGAGCCAGAACAGUACCUCGGGUCUUCAUUGGUAAAGAGUACAUAGGUGGAUGCAUUGAUCUAGUAAAUAUGCAUGAGAGACAGGUACUGCUGACAUGGCUAAAGCAAAUUGGACCUCUGCAAUAA